CUAAGCCAUCUAGUUCUCACCAUCUCUCUCAAACCUUCAAACCAUGGCAACAAUGGCAAUCAAGCAUGAUGAUUACCAGAAGGUCUCCAUCACAAAGACCAUCCCAGUUUACCCAAAAGCUCCAGCAAAACAUGCCAAGCUCCUUCACCUCUCAAACUUGGACAGAAAGUGUCCAAUGCUCAUGUACUUGGUGUUCUUUUACAGAUCACCAUCACCCCACAAAGAGCUGUCAGAAAGCUCUCUUUUCUUCUCCUUAAAAAUGGCUUUGGAGGAAGUCUUGUCUUCCUGGUAUCCAGCUGCAGGAAGGCUCUUUUUAAACCCAUCUACUCAAAAGCUUGAUCUUCUUUGCUCUAAUUCUGGUGCACUCUUAGUUGAAGCUUCAACUAGAGUUAAGAUCUCUGAGCUUGGAGACCUCUCUCAGUACAACUCCUUCAUGGAGAACCUUGUUUACAAGCCUCCUCUCUCCACCAGCUUCUCUGAGAUGCCCUUAGUUGUUGCACAGGUGACCAGGUUUGGAUGUGGAGGGUAUGCAGUGGGAGUAGGGACAAGUCACUCCUUGUUUGAUGGACCAGCAAGUUAUAACUUCUUGAGAGCAUGGGCUUGUAAGAUGAAAGGAAAUAGGGUUGAUCAUGAAGAUGAUGAUGAUGAUGAGGAGGAGGAGGAGGAGGAGGAGGAUAUUGUAGAGCCAGUGCAUGAAAGAGGGAGGUUGUUAGUAGGGAAGAAGAGAGGUAAGGAGGUGAUGAUGAUGAGGAUUAUGGCAUUUGAGCAUCUUCAUCAGUUGAUUAUGCAAGCUUCAGGAUCAAUGAAAUGCAUUAAAUAGUGGUAGUCAUGGUUGAUGGGUAACAUAAUUAGAGAAGACCAGUUGACUCUCAGAACCUUUUCUUUGAGUUGUUCCAUUGUUGAGAAGCUUAAAAUGAAGGUGAGUAGAUGUGCCAUUGGUGAUGCCUCUUGCUCCUCCUUUGAGGUCCUUGCUGCUCAUCUUUGGAAGGCAAAGAAUAAAGCUCUAGGCCUUGCAAAGACCAACAAAAUGGUAUAUUUCCAAUUCACUGUUGAUGUAAGGGCAAGGAUGACACCUCCCCUCCCUAAAGCCUUCACCGGAAAUGCUUACGUUCUCGCCUCCAUUGCAUGCACCGGAUCAAAGCUCGAAGGCGAAAGCCUCGCAACCAUUGUCGAAAAGAUAAAAGACGCAAAACUAGCAAUGACCGAGAAUUACGUGAAAGCUUACCUUGAAGCACUGGAAGCACCACAGGAGUCUGCACUGCCACCUUUGCCGGAGCUCACCAUCGUCUCCGAUUGGACUAGAACUCCGUAUCACUGCUUCGACAUUGGCCUCGGUAAUGCAAUGUAUGCAUCUCCAAUGCCACCUCCGGUGAUGCAAGUGGCUUACUUCAUGCAGAGCCCGGAGGAGGAGGGAGGAGUUCAUGUGAGGAUUGGUUUGGCUCACAAGUAUGUUCAAGCCUUUUCUCACUAUUUCCUCUCAGUUUAGUGGUAACUAAUAAUAAAGCUUGCUUACUAGCAUGGACGCAUGCAUGUGUGAACUCUAGAGAGAGAUAAACAUUUAUAUACCUAUAUAUAUACACGAAGACAUAAAGACGUACGUAUGGUUUCACGUGUUGAACCAUUGACAUGAAACUGUGGAGUUGUGGUGUUAUCAUAUUUGUAUGUCAUAUUAA